AUGGCGGGAUCUCAACCGAACGGCAGGCAUUACUUAAAGAAAGCUUCGGCUUCUCCUGCACCUGCACCUGCAGCGGUUGCACUUUUGCCCCUUCCCUCACUCGAAGCAAACGAUAGUCGCCGCACACAGAUCCAGAAUCUCGAUGAAGUCAUUGGGGCUCCGUUUCGCAUGAUGAGCAACCCACGAGAGAGCUUGAGUGACUGCUACUCGCUGAUUCAAGUCCUCGACCAAGAGCUCGACGGGUGUGCUAGACUCUACCACGACGCAUUCCAGAUCAUCAUUUCGCAUGGGGAUCAAGCGCGGGCGAGUGUAUUUGCGGAGAGAGCCUAUAAAGCUAGAGUUGUCUGUGAAGGCGAGGAUAGCCCGGAGACGGUGAAAGUGAUGUCUCUUGCAUUAAGACCCGCAAUUCAUAUAAGCUUUGAAGCGUAUUCUAGGAAGUUGAAAAGGACGAGGAAUUCUGUAACAAAGGGUCUGGAUACAAUCAUGUCCUACAAAACGUGCUACUGGAAGUGGCAAGCCUGUGAUGAAGCCUAA